GGUGACGUCACCAGUCAGUCAGAGUUGGAUCUCGUGCGCUGAAGAGCUGUUGUUAAAUCUGCUGUGAAGCGCGAGGCAUGUGUGUGUGAUGAAGGGCAGCUGCGCGCGGGCUCCAGGUGUGUGUGUGUGUGUGGAGUGAGUCUCUCUCUCUGUGCAUUCAGACGCGCGUCACGUGCGGCGGAGCUCCGUCUGGCGCGGCGCGGGGGAGCGGCGCUCGCUCGCGGGAUGGACGCGUCGGCGCGGCGCUAAGCGGCUCCGGGAUGCGGCGGUGUGCGACUCUACUGAUGAUCGCGCUGACGGCGGGCAUGAGUGCAGCGCUGCAGAUCCAGUGCUAUCAGUGUGAAGACGUUCAUCAGGACGACUGCUCCUCGCCAGAGUUCAUCGUCAACUGCACCGUCAACGUGCAGGACAUGUGUCAGAAGGAAGUGCUGGUCAUGGAGGACGGGAUUCAUUACAGGAAGUCGUGUGCGUCGUCGGGGGCAUGUCUGAUCGCGUCGUCGGGCUAUCAGCAGUUCUGCACUGGAAAGCUAAACUCCGUCUGCAUCACCUGCUGCAACACGCCGCUCUGCAACGGCCCACGGCACAAGAGAAGAGCGGCAUCCCCUGCCUGCAGACCCUCCGUCAGCCGCUACGCCGGCCCGCUGCUUGGCCUCAUGCAGCUCUACCUCUGCUCGCACUGACGUGUGUGUGUGUGUGUGUGUGUGUGAGAGAGAGAGAGACUCACGACGGAGCGCAGCGUCAGAGAGCGUCUGCUGGCAGGAGCAGCUCUCACACACUACAGCGUCUGUCUGUGUGCUUCCCUUCAUUCUCAUAUUAAUUAACCUGUGGGCAGGGCUUCCGCAUUUAAUCCCACCAAUCACAGCACACAUGCAGAGAUACACACUUACACUUCACUGACAGCAGGACAAUCCUCUUCGUCAAACAUCGUCAUCACUAGACAUUACUCAGCUAACUAUCAUUUAUAUCAUUAGUUCUUAAGUACAUGGUAAAUGAUACAUCGAAUGCUAUAGUAUUGUAAUAGAAUCACAUAUCGAUUGUGUUUUUCAUUACAUAUAGCCAGAGAUGGGCACAAAUACAUCAAAAUGUAUUUAAAAUAAAAAUACUAAAUAUUGUGUGGAAAAAUGUAUUUAAAUACAAAUACAGUAUUUUGAAAAUACACAAAAUACAUGUGAAAUUGGCCGUCCAGUGAAGUAACGCUAUUAAGGCCUGUUUACACCAAGAAUAAUAAUUAAGAUAUCUAUAUUAGUGUAUUGUAAGCAUACAAUGCAGUUGUGUCAUCUGUCACUAAAAGCAGAAAUGAUUCCGAUUGGCUGUCAAUGUUUUUAUCAUUCAUCAUGUUUUGUGCUGUUAUGGUUAUAGUUGUGGAUCUGCUAUUCACUUAGAUUUAGGAUGUACUCACACUAGAUCUGAUCCGUGCUUGAGCACAUCAGCAGUCUAAUGAUAGGCAAAAAGUAUUUGAUGUAUUUUGAAAAUACAAAACUACUAAGAUUAAAUGUAUUUAAAUACAAAAUAGAAAAUAGUAUUUUGUAUUUCAAAUACGUAUUUUAAAUGCAUGUAUUUGAAAUCCUGCCCAUCCCUGCAUAUAGCCAUGUAUAGGCAUGAACCAUUAAAACCGUGUUACUCAACAUUUUCAACCAAGGACAAUAGAUGCAGUUCACCAAACACACACUUGCAUUUAGGGGCAUGUUGUCACACUAUAUGGGGUAAAUUGUCACAGUGAGGACAAACUAUCCUGAAACAAAACAAAACCACCAAGCUCUUGUUUUGGCUAAUAGUAAUGUAUAAAUGAGGUCUGACGGACAGGUGAGGAGCUCCUGAUGGAAACACCUGACAGACUUCUGAGCACGUCUUGCUGUUCACACUUUCAGUAAACUCACUCCAAACAUUCAUCAGCACACUUCACACACAAACCAGUCCCGUCCUUCCUAUAAUCCACACGGCGCGUCCUCCCUCUCGGUUCCUCUGAUGAUCGUGUCUUCUGUCGUGUCGGUGUUCUCCAGCAUCUUCUGCUCUUCAGUGACUGUGAUGUAGAGAUCUGGGAAGGACACAACGCUCUCGUGUAGCUUCUGAAUACAAAGACCUUUGAUCUCCUAUAUUUGUAUGAAUGCAGAGGGUUUCUAAAGGUAAAUGUACGCAUAUACAUGAAGAACCAGUCAGUGCUUUUUGACACGUUUGAUCGAACAUAUAUUUAAUCAAAUGUGUUAAAUUACAUGUGUGUGAGGGAUAAUAUAGAGUCAUUGUCUCAAAAUAAUGGCUAUUCAAAUAAAUA